AGGAGUCGGAGAGAGGGGCGAGUUGCGAGGCUCCUGGGUGGGACGGUCUACUUCGGAGUGGGCAUCCCGGAUCCUGACGGAGGCGCUUGAGCUAGGGGGCUAUGGAGGAGUACGCACGUGAGCCCUGCCCCUGGAGGAUUGUGGAUGACUGCGGUGGGGCCUUCACCAUGGGAGUCAUCGGGGGAGGUGUCUUCCAGGCUGUCAAGGGCUUCCGCAAUGCCCCAGUAGGCAUCCGGCACCGGUUCCGAGGUAGCAUCAAUGCAGUGAGAAUCCGGGCUCCCCAGAUUGGAGGUAGCUUUGCUGUCUGGGGUGGCCUGUUCUCUACCAUUGAUUGUGGGCUCGUCCGACUCCGUGGGAAAGAAGACCCAUGGAAUUCUAUCACUAGUGGGGCUCUCACUGGUGCUGUGCUGGCAGCUCGGAGUGGGCCCCUGGCCAUGGUUGGAUCGGCCAUGAUGGGAGGAAUCCUGCUGGCCCUGAUCGAAGGUGUGGGCAUCCUCCUCACCCGCUACACAGCCCAGCAAUUCCGGAACACACCCCCCUUCCUGGAAGAUCCUGGACAGCUGCCCCCCAAGGAAGGUUCUGCCCCGCCCCCCAGUUACCCAGGCUACGGACAGUACCAGUGAAGCCAUCAGGCCGUGGGGGGGUGGGGAGGGGAGAAUAUGGGGAGAACAGGGGGACUCUUGGAUCCUUGUGUUGGGGGGAAUGAACUGGACUCUGACUUACACUACCUCUCUGAGCUGGUGCUUCAAGGCAGGGGAGCCCUCAAUGCCCCCACCCCCCAGCUUUGCUCUCAAGAUUGGGGCUGGAUAGUCGGGGGUUCACAUCAUCUCAGGGAGUGUGACAUACCUCAGGGAAGGGAUUGCCGUUCCUAGAGAUGAGGGUUGGAUUGGAGGGUGGGAUCGACCCCUUCUAAUUUCCCAAGAAAUUAGAUCAUUGAGACCAAGUCAUUGUUGGCUUCCAGUUCACGUACACCACCACCUCCCAUCCCCAACUCCAAACAACCCCCCCCCCCAAUAAAAAAACAACCUGGCCCUUUCUCCCUUCCAAUUUUUCGUCACCAGAUUUCUCCCUCUUCAUUUAAAGCUGGUUUUGAAAACUA